AUGGCAUUUCCCUGCUGCAAGCCUAUGAGGCCCAAGACCCUGCCUAUGCUUCUGGUGGGCGUGAGCUUCAUGGCUCUGCACCUAUGGAGCAACCAAGCACCCAGGCCCCAGCAGAAGCAGGAGGUCACCCUGGAGCCUGCAUCUGCUGCCGAGCAGCCGUCGGCACUCACUCCCGGGUCCCCGUGCGUGGCCAAUGCUUCGGCACACACCACGGCCGGCUUCGAGCACCUGCCUGAGCGCAUCCAGGACUACCUGCGGUACCGCCACUGUCGCCACUUCCCGCUGCUCUGGGACGUUCCAGCCAAGUGCGCCGGCAGGCACGGUGUCUUCUUGCUGCUGGCGGUGAAGUCGUCGCCCGCGAACUACGAGCGGCGCGAGUUCAUCCGCCGCACAUGGGGGCAGGAGCGCACAUACGGCGGGCGGGACGGGAGGCGGCUCUUCGUGCACACCGCCAACAUCAUCCGCUUCCUGGAGGCGCAGCCGCCCGACCGCCACCUCUUCACCGGGCAGCUCAUGGACGGCUCGGUGCCCAUCCGCGACAGCAGGAGCAAGUACUUCGUGCCGCCGCAGCUCUUCCCAGGCCCGGCCUACCCGGUGUAUUGCAGCGGCGGCGGCUUCCUCCUGUCGCGCCACACUGUCCGGGCCCUGCACGCGGCCAAAAAAAAACUCUUCCCCAUCGACGACGCCUACAUGGGCAUGUGUCUGCAGCGCGCUGGCCUGGCGCCCAGCGGGCACCAGGGCAUCCGGCCGUUUGGUGUGCAGCUGCCCGGCGCCCAGCACCCCUCCUUCGACCCCUGCAUUUACCGCGAGCUGCUGCUGGUGCACCGCUUCGCGCCCUACGAGCUGCUGCUCAUGUGGAAGGCCCUGCAUAGCCCCGCGUUGCGCUGCGGCCAGGGGCGCCCGAGCUCCUGA